AUGGGGUGGAAGGAGACCCACUUCAGCCCAUCUUGGCUCUGGAAGACUGGUCUCCGACUCUCCCUUUGUCGAGCGCAAGUCUGCAACAGAGAUUCGGGGCUUUCAUUCAAUUCACCUUCCCUGGAGAAUGCCUCGGAGGUCCCGGAUUGCACCUUUGACGCCAAACCGACCGGUCGUGCUACGGAGGGGGCCAAAGUGUUGGUAAUUGUCCAUACCAAUGGGGUCCAUCAACUGCCAUUCCAGUUCUGCAAAUGCGAUGACUAUGUGGAAGAGGACGUUCAACUUCUCCGGAUGGGAUUUUACCCUGCUUCACACAAAGACGUCAAGACUGCGUUCACGUUCGCGCUGCUUGACGCGUAUCUCCUGGAGACUUUGGAAUGCUACACCUCUGCAUUCCACUUCUUCUCAAAACUGCGUCGCUUGACCAACGAGGUGUUCCCGAAACAUGUUCCUGAUCGUUAUCGGGAAGUCCUUCGUUGCGGUAGACAAUGGAGGAAGUUGAAGGACUUGAAGAGAUACGGAUUCGGACACACUGGGGAAAUGCCAAAGGAAGGGCAAAUGGCUCUGUUCUGCGCCGCCUGCCCUCAGCCCGGUGUGAACCUUCCGGAUGAUUGGGAAGACGACAGUGACCAAUGGAAGUACGGAAUUACGCUCGCCGCUGACGGGAACUUCACUCUUCUUCAUCGACAGCAAAAGAGAAACGAUGACGUGUGGUUAAAGAAUGGAGAAGGAUACCUGGUUGAACGACACAGGUACGAAAAGCACUUGAAGAACGCGACGGAAAUAAAAGAACCGCCGACCUGCCAUGAACAUCGGGCUGUGGAAGACAAAUCGAAGACCAUUAAAGGGUGUGAUGUUACUGGGGUAGGCGCUUUUGCCUGUUCGCGACACGGGUGCUUUGUUCCUGCUGGAGUCGUCAACUUCCACAAGGGAGAGAGGCAAAUGUAUAUGGAUUACGGACUAUGCCGCGGAGUAAACGCUAUUGGGGUCCAAAAAGGCCGGCGACUCGUCCUACUCUACGACAUAAACUGCCAGUAUUCCCGCAACCUGAGAAAGCGGUUACAAGAAGGGCACCGUUACCUGGACCUUCCAGAAGGCUUGGUCAUGGUGUUUGGGAUUGGUCAAUUCCACGUUCACGGUCACCAAGAGAUGUGCUACGCCCGUUUCUCCCCAAUGUUUAUCAAGGGUAUCGGAUACACGUCAGGGGAGAUCUUGGAGUCUCUCUGGUCUGUCCUGAAUGAGGCGUCUCGGCCGACGCAAACCAUGUCAUUGGCCCACAGAACAGAGGUCUUGGAUGCGUUGAUAGGGGAUAGCAACUGGAAAAAAAUGAUCAAUCUCCUGAAGUCCAUUCCAAGCGCAUACCAACGAAGCAUGAAGGAGUUAGAGGAGGCUCGCGAGGCGUUUGACCUUCUCAAUGAGACUGCGUCUCCCUCACAACGCACACUUUGGCAACAUCAACUUGAACGGGCUCUGCUGGAGCGAGUCGAUGACGUGAGUGCCAUGGACGUCCUCAACGUCAGUCUUUCCAAACCGCCAUCCAGAGCAAAAAUUCAGCAUGGGCUCAUGGUGGAAGAGCAGACUGCCAACGUCGGGCUUGGGGUCACUUCGUGGUUGGUGCGAGGUUUCAAGAUCCAGGAGUCUCAUCCUCCGGAGUCCAAUCCGGAAAUUGAAGGGGAGGAUGGCGACGUCCUACCAGCAACGGCGGAUUUGGGCGAGAACCCGUUUGUCGACGUACCUGAUCCCGAGGAAGUCGACAUACCUCUUCCCUCGUCUUUUGCUGACUUGCCAUCUUCAAUGAGAGCGGCACGUCGGAAGGAAAUCAAGCUCCGCGUUGCGCAAGCGACGGACGCGCUGGAAGAAAUCCGAACCGAGGUUGGUCGCAAGUCAUAUCUUUAUCGAUCCAACAUUCGACUGGCCGACGGGAAGAAGCAGAAGACCAGGGGGUACGCAGCGGUCAAGGCGUCUAACCAGGCUAUGCGGAUGGCUAUUCGAAUAUAUGACCAGGCGCGGUGGGCUCUGUCUAGGUUAGGGGCUUCAACGGACUUGCUGGAGGAACUGAAGCCCAUCACCAAGGAAGACACCAAGGCCAUCACCUCCGUCUAUAAACCCAAUGCAGCUGGAGAGUCAAGGACAAAGCUUUCCUGGAUAUGGGGGAUUAAUGUGGGCAAAGACUCUCAAAAUUCACCAUAUCUCGAAGAACGUGAGUCUUGA